AUGUUUGGAGCAAGAAACCCAAGCAUCGGGAGUUCCUAUCUAGGCCAACUCUUGAACUAUGGGACUCGAGGAAGUAUGAUCCUUGUCACCACAAGGAAUGAUAGUGUUGCAUUGGCCAUGCACGCCAUUGCAACUCAUCAUCUAGACCUAUUACCAGAGAAUGAUUGUUGGUCCCUUUUUGAAAAACAUGCAUUUCGUCGUGGUAGCUCCAAUGCAAAUCCAAAGAUAAAAGAAAUAGGUACGCAAAUUGUGGAAAAGUGCAAAGGUAUACCUUUAGCAAUUAAGGCCAUUGGCGAUCUCUUGGGGUCUAAAUCAGAUCAUGCCGAGAGAUAUUGGACAACCAUAUUGAAGAGCAACUUAUGGGAUGUUCCCAUGGAGAAGACGAACAUUAUUCCGGCUUUGUGGUUGCCUGAUUCCAUAUGUAUGUUGUGCAACUUGCAAACGUUGAAAUUAUCAGAGUGUACUAUGUUGGGUAAAUGGCCAAGAGAUAUGUGGAAACUCAUUAAUUUACGUCAUCUUGAAUUUGAAAAAACUCAAGGAUUAGAGGAGAUGCCGAUACAAAUUGGUAGAUUAAAAUGUCUCCAGACGUUGACAAAAUUCGUCGUCAACAAACAUGACAGUGGGUCUAGCAUUGAAGAAUUGGGAAAACUAAUAAAUCUUCGGGGAAAGCUUUUGAUUCAAGAGCUCCAAAAUGUUAGAACAGCCAAGGAUGCAAGCUUGAAGACGAAGGGUUACCUUGAGAAGUUGGUGUUAGAAUGGAAUCGUCCAAAAGAAGUACUUGGUAUUUCGGAAAGUCAAAGAGAUGUACUUGAAGAUCUACAGCCCCAUGAAAACUUGAAAUGUCUCACCCUCAAAUGCUACGGCGGGAACGGUUUUCCAAAUUGGAUAGGGCAAGGGCUUCCUUCAUUGUCUGAGUUGGAAUUAAUUGAUUAUUGUAGUGCCUUGCCACCCCUUGGGCAACUACAUUUUCUUAAUAAACUCUACAUUGAUGGGUUGGAUGAAGUUGUUACUGUGGGUCCAGAGUUUUAUGAAAAUAGUAGUAAUUCUUCAAUGAAGCCAUUUGGAAGUUUGAAAGUUAUGAGGUUGGAGAAUUUGUCGAAUUGGGAAAACUGGCUUCACUCGAGUGGCGAAAAUGAAGUUGAAACAUUUUCUCAACUUGAAGAGUUGUAUAUUAAGAAUUACCCCAAAUUGAGAGCAAAGUUGCCCGUACAUCCUUCUUCAUUGGCCAAACUUCAUAUCAUCGACUGUAAGUUAGAGCUCCCCAUCAUGCGCCGACAAUAUUCAUCCCUUGAAGCAUUGCACUUGACAAAUUGUUAUGAUUCCCUUACAUCCAUUUCAUUACACCUAUUUCCAAAUCUGAAGAGUAUUCAAAUCGAGAAGCGCAACAAUUUGAAAUCUUUAGAACAACAUGGAGGUGAUUUAGUGAUAUCACAAUUAGGAAUCCAUAAAUGUCCUAAGUUUGUAUCUUUUCCAGAAGGAGGAUUGCGUGCCCCUAACCUUGCAAACUUUAUCGUCAACGAUUGUAAGAGCUUGAGGUCAAUGCCAAAUAAGAUGCAUAUAUUCCUUCCGUCUCUUUGUUAUUUGGAGUUAAGAAGUUGUCCAGAAGUUGAGUCGUUUCCAGAAGGGGGACUGCCUUCCAAUUUGAAGCAAAUUGUGAUCGUCAGGUGUAAGAAACUCAUUGCAAACUGGAAGGGAUGGGAUUUGCAAAUACUCCCCUCUCUUGAAUGGUUGACAAUCACCAGUGACAAAUUAGAAGAUCAUGUGGAGUCCUUUAUUGGGGGGUUGUUGCUGCCCACCACUCUGACCAAUCUUCUGAUCUGUUCAUUUGGAAAUUUGAAAUCUUUGGAUAAGGAGGGGUUUCAACACCUCACUUCCCUUGUAGAAUUGGUGAUCAUCGACUGUCCAAAACUCAGGUACUUGCUAGAAAAGGGGUUCGCUAUCUCCCUUCAUCUUUUAUGGAUGUUAUUCAUAUGUCCUGUAUUGAAUAAAGAGUUGGAAAGGAAAAAAGGAGAAGAAUGGCUGAAUGAUUCAAGGAGUUAA